AUGGGCUACUUAAAGCAGUUAGACGUGGAGAAUUUCAAGUCGUGGCGAGGAAAGCAGACGAUAGGUCCGUUUAUGCGAUUUAACUGCAUUAUCGGCACCAACGGCUCAGGCAAGUCCAAUGUCAUGGAUGCAAUGGGCUUUGUGAUGGGAGAGCGAGUCUCCAGUCUCCGAGUGAAACACACCAAAGACCUCAUCCACGGAGCUCACAUCGGCAAACCCGUGUCAGCCACCGCCUCGGUCACCAUGCGCUUCUGCGACGAUAACGACGACGAAAUCGUCUUCAGCAGAACCAUCUCAGGUGAAUCCUCAGAGUACCGUGUAAAUGGCAGGCAGAUCACACUGGCUAAAUACACAGGAGAGCUGGAAAAGAUUGGCAUCGUGGUCAAAGCCAGGAACUGUCUAGUCUUUCAGGGUGCCGUGGAGUCGAUUGCUAUGAUGAAUGCGAAGGAGCGCACAAAGAUGUUUGAGCGCAUCAGUAACUCCUUGGAGCUGGCUAAAGAGUACGACACCAAGCUGGCAGCCUUACAGAAAGCGAAGGAGGACACUCAGUUUCACUUUAACAGGAAACGGGCAGCUGCUGCAGAGAAGAAGCAGGUCUUCAAGGACAAGACUGAGGCAGAGAAAUAUCAGACGCUGUUGGACGAGCUCGGUGAAAGCAAGCUCCAGCUCAGCCUCUUCCAGCUUUACCACAACGAGAAGGGCAUAGAGGCACGGUCGGAGUCUCUGAGAGAGAAGCAGGAGGAAGUUGCUGCCACGAAGAGCGCCAUGGGUGUAUGGGAGCAAGCUGUGAAGGCUAGGAAGAAGGAGCAUGGACGGUUAACCAGAGAGCUACAGAAACUUGAGAAAGAGAUCAGGUCCCAGGAGCAAAUCCUUAGCCAGCAAAGGCCUCAGUACAUCAAAGCUAAAGUGAACACAGCUCACCACCAGCGCAAGGCCGAAGAGGCACGAGCCAGCUUGCAGAAGAGCCAGAAGCAGCAGGCCAAGAAGGAGCAAGAUCUGCAGGAGCUAGAGAGGGAACUGGCAGAGCUGGAGAAAGCCUGGAGGACGUACGAGAGAGAGAUGGAGGAGCAGGGAGCCCAGAGGGGUGCAGGUGUACAGCUGGAUGAAGCUCAGCUGGAGCGAUAUAAGGAACUAAAGGAACUGGCAAGGAAAAAGGGAGCCGUCUUUGUCCAGAAGGCUGAGAAACUACGCUGGGAGGUGAAGGCAGAUCGGGAGAAGCUAGAGUUCGACAAAAGGCGAAAGAGCGAGGUGGAGGCAAACAUUAAGCAUUCUCAGACACAACUGGAUGACUUAAACAAGAGGGCAGGGAAACUGGAGGAAUACGCCAACACCUCUAACAAAGCUCUGGAAGAGCUACGAGAGCAAGAGGAGCGUCUGGUGGAAGAGUUGGAGCGUGGCCGUGUACGGAUGCAGGAGUUGAACGAGGAGCUGGUGAAUGUGCUAGGGGAGCUGCAGAACGCUCGCGUUGAUAGUCAGGAGAACCGUCGGCAGCAGAGGAGAGAUGAGGUCCUCGAAAGCCUGUGCAGACUCUACCCGGAUGUUGUGUAUGGGCGCUUGGUGGAUUUAUGUCAACCCAUCCACAAGAAAUACCAGCUUGCUGUUACCAAGGUGUUUGGCAAAUACAUGAACGCUAUAGUGGUGUCUUCAGUGAAGGUGGCCCGUGACUGCAUUAAGUUUGUAAAAGAGGAAAGAGCUGAGCCAGAAACCUUCCUCCCUAUUGACUACCUAGAUGUGAACCCUCUGAACGAGCGUCUAAGGGAAAUGCGAGGAGCCAAGAUGGUGGUGGAUGUGGUGCAGUGUUCCCAGAAUGCUCCUCAACUGAAGAGAGUGGUGCAGUUUGUGUGUGGGAAUGCCCUGGUUUGCGAGACUCUCAAAGAUGCCCGCAACAUUGCUUUUGGUGGCCCUGAACGCUUCAAGACUGUAGCUCUGGAUGGUACCAUGUUCUCCAGAUCAGGCGUGAUCUCCGGCGGCUCUGUGCACCUGCGCAGCAAAGCUCGACGCUGGGAGGAGAAAGAGAUGAGUGGCCUGAAAGAGAGGAAGGAGCAGCUCACUGCAGAGCUGAGGGAGCUGAUGAAAAUGAGACGAAAGGAUGCUGAGCUGAAGCAGGUUAGAGCCCAGGUUCAAGGAAUUCAGACUCGCCUUAAAUAUACCAACUCUGAGUUGGAGACCAUCCGUAAGAAGAGCAUCCCCGCCUGCCAUGCGGAAAUCUCCAGAUUGGCUAGUGAGCUCUCAAACUUAGAGUCCCACAUCGAGAUGCAGGCAGAAAAUGUGCAAGUGAAGGACAGUGAUAUGAUGGCCAUUCAGCAGAAAGUCAAUCAGUUGGAGGAUAUGGUGUUCUUAGAUUUCUGUGCUGAGAUUGGGGUGGCCAACAUUCGUGAAUAUGAACAAGACUACAUGAGGCAGCAAGAAGACAUUGAGCAAAAGCGACUACAGUUUGAGUCCCAGAAUACAAGACUUAACACACAGCUGGAAUAUGAGCGCGAGCAACUAGACAAACAACGCAGGAACAUGAGAAAAAUAGAGGAUUCAGCCCAAAAAGAAGAGGAUGUAAUUCUCACCUUGAGAGAGGAGGAAGAAAGGCUACUGGCUGUUGUAGAUGAGACUCAGUCCAAGCUCCUGGAGCUAAAAAACUUGCUGGCGGGACAGAAGGCCUCCAUUAAUGAGGCCAAGGCUGAGCUGGACAUGAAAGUUAGGGGCCAUCAGGAGAAGUCCAGAGAGCUGGUGAAACAACAGAAGGAGCUAAUCUCUGCAGAGACAGCUUUGGAACAGCAGAGGCUGCAUAAGCACAACCUGCUGCUGGCCUGUAAAAUUGAAAGCCUUCCCCUUACUCUCCUUUCAGGAACACUGGAUGAGAUCAGCGAUGUUCAGCUGGACUCAGAGUCCCAGACUACCUGUACACUGGACAUCUAUGAGCGUGAGGCACAUGUGGUGUUUGACUAUGGACCGCUAGGAGACGAGCUAAAAAGUCUGACUGAGAUGGAUGAGGUGGAAUCCCAGUUGGAGAUAAUACAAGAGAGAGUGUCACAUCUGGAAAAACUGAUACAGGUGUCCAAGCCACCCAACCUGAAAGCCCUCGAGAAGAUGAGGGAGGUGAAAGACAGCUUCCGUGGAGUCAUAGAUGCGUUCGAGGCCAGCACAAGCGUAGCUAAGAAGUGCCAUCGGGAGUUUGAGCAGGUGAAAGCAAAGCGCUUCAGUCUCUUCAGCCAGUGCUUUGAGCAUGUGUCGGUCGCCAUCAACCAGAUCUACAAACAGCUGUGCAGAAAUGACAGUGCCCAAGCUAUUCUGAGUGCUGAGAAUCCAGAUGAGCCAUAUCUGGAUGGCAUCAGCUAUAACUGUGUGGCGCCUGGUAAGAGAUUUAUGGCCAUGGACAAUCUGUCAGGAGGAGAGAAGUCUAUUGCAGCCCUUGCUGUGGUGUUUGCUAUCCACAGCUUCCGCCCUGCUCCAUUCUUUGUGUUAGAUGAGGUGGACGCUGCAUUGGACAACACAAACAUCGGCAAGGUAACAAGCUUCAUUAGGGAGCAAUCCAGAGAGAAUUUCCAGAUUAUCGUCAUCUCACUGAAGGAAGAGUUUUAUUCACGCUCAGAUGCCCUGUUAGGGGUCUACUCUGAGUUUAAUGAGUGCAUGUUCAGCCGCCUCCUCUCCCUGGACCUCACUCCGUACCCCCUCAAUGAGGAGAACGGCAAUGAGAGAAAGAGCUGUGAUGGAGAAACAGGGAAAGAAGCAAAAUGA